AUGGAGUUGCUAAAGGAUUAUGAUUGGACUAUUCUCUACCAUCCCGGUAAGGCAAAUGUAGUGGUGGAUGCCUUUAGUCAAAAAUCGAUGGGAAGUCUGGCACAUAUCUCCACAAAUAGGAGGUCCUUGAUUAGGGAGAUUCAUAGCUUGGGAGACAUGAGUGUGCAUUUGGAAGUUUCGGAGGCAAAUGCAUUGCUAGCACAUUUUAGAGUGACGCCUAUCUUAAUAGACCGGAUUAAGGAAGCACAAAGUAAAGAUGAUUUCGUAGCUAAGGCCUUAGAGGACCCUCAAGGAAGGAAAGGGAAGACGUUUACCAAAGGCACAGAUGGAGUGUUGAGGUAUGGAACUAGACUUUAUGUGCCGGACAGGGAUAGACUGAGGAGAGAAAUAUUGGAGGAAGUGCACGUGACAGCUUAUGUGGUACAUCUAGGGGCUACAAAGAUUGGGGUCUAUGACUCGAUUUGGAUCAUAGUAGAUCGGUUAACGAAGUCAACCCAUUUUCUUUCGGUUAAGACUACUUACGGGGCUGCCCAGUAUGCUCGAGUUUAUGUGGAUGAGAUAGUACGACUGCAUGGUAUCCCCAUUUCUAUAGUAUCUGACAGAGGAGCUCAGUUCACCAAUAGGUUCUCAGGAAAGUUGCAGGAAGCGUUAGGCACUAAGUUGGACUUCAGCACAGCUUUCCACCCUCAGACUGAUGGAUAG